UGGGAUGGGUGGGAUUUCCUGUCCGACCUGCAACUGGAGAGGAGUGGAAGUGACACGUAAAGAUUUGGGGGAGAACAAAAAAAAAAGGGCCUGCAAGUUUAGUUUUUCUCUGCGUGGAGAAUGCAAGGCUAAAUGAUGGUGUGGGUUGAGAAAGCAGCGUUUUAGCAGCGAGCUUCUUUCUGCAUUGAAGCCGAGGAAAUACAAAGCGGUGUGUGCAGUGUAUGGGUCACACUUAGCUCCUCGCUCCAUUCCCACUCUUGGAUUGGAGACUUUUUUUGUUUUGUCAACUGAAAGUUGUGCUAGAGGCACGAAUUCACAGCGAGGAGGGGUGGGUAGGAAACAAGUAAACUCCCCGGAAUGAUUCCCAGCGACUGAUCCCAGCGCUCUGAUACUCCACUCGUUCAACUGCGGGCAGGAUUGCGAGUGUGAGUGAGUGUAUGUGGGUGGGGAAAGACCCCGAACUCUUCCUAAACUGCUCGCUUUUGGACUGGGAAGACAAGGCAGACCGGGAGAAAUGGGGAGCAGCAUGUGUUCCCGGAGGCAGAAAAAGAUCUUCCAAACUUUGUUCUUCCUCACCAUCGUGUUUGGCUUCCUCUACGGUCUAUUGCUCUAUUACGAGAUGCACAGCCAGUUAAAGAAGUCGGAAAACCUGGCGUUAAAAUACCAGCAACACCAGGAGGCUUUAUCCGCCCAGUUGCAAGUUGUUUAUGAACAUCGAUCGAGAUUAGAAAAAUCAUUACAGAAGGAAAGGAAUGAACACAAAAAAGGAAAAGAAGAUUAUUUGGUUUAUAAGUUAGAAGCACAAGAAUCCUUGAACAAAGAAAAGCAGGAUUCCAACAGCCGCUUCAGCGCCCUGAGUGUGCAGCACAAAAUGCUGAAGAGUCAACAUGAGGAUCUGCGGAAACAGUACACGGACCUCCACGGGGAGCAUGUACAGCUGGGGGAGGAUCACGGGCAUGCAAUGAACCAGCACAAUCGACAAUAUCUCAACCUACAGCAGUCCAAGGAGCAGGAGAUUGCGAAACUCAAAGAGAAUAUUUACAAUCUAUUCGAAGAGAACAAGAAGCUGAGAAGGGCUCACCAGGAUGUGCAUGUUCAACUCCAGGAUGCCAAGCAACUGCACAAGAACCUGUUGGUACAGCAUGACCAGCUCCAAGUCACCUUAGAAGACCACAAAAACUCCCUCUCAGUUGCUCAGGCUCAAGUGGAAGAAUACAAACAGCUCCGGGAAACCCUCAACAAAAUGCCCAGCCUUAGACAGGGUGAACAAAAGAGUCCUUCUUUCAAUGAACAUGAUCCGCAUCCAGGAGUAGCUGACCCAAUACCAUAUCAGGAGCGGCAGGGAGAGCAUGGUCAGGUUCCUUAUAGGGCUGACGAUAAGGAGAGGGAAGGUGAACCGUCACACGUCAAGCCAAUAGUGGAAGAAGAUGACGCCCCUGAAACGAGGGGAGGUGGCGGAGAGGAGGUGGGGAGGCAACAGGCUCAACAUGAGAACUGGCACCGGAAUCCACAGCCGGCAGAGACGGAGGGCGAGCAGACGGAGGAGGAAGGGCGGGACCACCGUGAGUGGGAGCAGGAAGAUAAAGACCACACGGUGGAGCAGAGAGACACCCACAGACAACCUGAUGAGGAAGAAGACGUGGAGAGUCACCCGCCUGACGACCAGGACGUUGGGAACGAUCACACUGAGGAACACGAUCAACCCACAAAUAGCCCCAGUGAGAAGAAAUACAAGUCACCGUACGAGGAGCAGUUGGAGCAACAGCAUCUCGCGGAGUUACGGGAAGAGGAGGCACGCAGGCUGAAGGAGCGCCAGGAUGCCCUGCACCAGCAGAGACUACGGGAGUACAUGGAUCGCCAGCAACGGCUGCAGCAGGAGGAGAAGCGCAAGGAAGAGCUGGCGCGGCAGGAGCAGUUCAGGCGACAGGCGGACUUCCAUCAUGAUGGUGCAGCUGCUGAAACUGAAGAUGAACACGAUGUGCGGGAGGAGGAGGAGGAAGAGGUCGAUGAAGAAAACAAUCCACAUGAGGAAGCUGAAGAUCAAGACCCAGAGAUCGUGAACGAGCAACAUCAGACCGAGCAUGAAGCUCUCAAGCAGCAGAUUGAUGGGAAUCCUGACCAACAGGAAGACAAUGUAGAUGAACAAUACCAGGAUGAGGAAGAGGCUGAUGAGAAGGAACGGGGGGCGAAUGAACAGGAAGAGGAGCCUGUAGUUGAAGACCCCAACCAGGGAGAGGACAAAGAAGAUGAAAAUUAUGAAGAGGAGCCAGAAGAAGAGGAUGGGGAAGAGGAUAGAGAGGCCCUUGCGGUGAAGACAAACCAGCGGGCAGAAAUGUGACGUCUCUAUAAGUGACUUUAUAUUAUUUUUGUUUCAUUACCCAAUAUAAGUUGAACAAGCCAGUCUUUUAUAUAUAUACUUCCAUGCAAAUGUAUUUAAUGUGGUCGUCUAGGUUAAUUUAAAUUUGGAGAUAUUUAAAGGUAAUGAAUUAAAGACUUUUAAAUGCAAUAAAGACAUGGCAUUCAGAUGAUAUAUAAUUUA